UAGGGUGGGCACUGCCUGCCUGGAGACUGGUUCUCGACCCGGCAGCGCUUAGAAUCACUUGGGAAGCUUUUCAAAUGCGAAGGCCCCAGAAACACCAGGUGGUUGUGAUUUGCAGCCGGGACUGAGAAACACUGACCCGGAGCGGCAGCGCUGCGGCGCGCUGCGCUCCGGGCGGAACGUAGUCAGGAGAAAGCAAGCGGCUGUUUUGUUUGUUUGUUUGUUUGUUUUUCUUAGAAAACGGGGACCAAAUCUGGUCUGGUUACUUUUAAUUCCUAGUGCCUAGAAUGAAUGGUACAUGUCACAAAACAUUCGCUAUUGAUUAAAUUAAUUUCUGAUGACUUCCCGACCUAAUGGAGGAGUUUUGAUUAUUUGGUUUGUUAUUACUUGGUUUUUAAUUUUUAAUUAUGGAAACUUUCAAACAUAUUCGAAAAUAAGAUAGAGUACAGAAUUCCCAGCUCAUGAUCGACCUCGUUUUAUAUAUUACCCUCACCCCCACUGGAUUAUUUAAAGCAAGUCUAAAUGUACCAUUACAUCAGUUAAAUACUUGUUUGUGUUUAUAAAACACAACUCCUUUUUUAAACAUAAAGGCAUUAUCAAUCUGAUAAGCAUUUCCUGUUAUCAUCUGUCCAGUUAGUAUUUACAUUUCCCCAAUUCUCUUCUUUCCCUCCCAAGUUCAGUUUCUCCAAAUCAGUAUCCAAAUACCUCUUAUAUCUCUCUUAAUCUCUUUAUCCCCUCCCUCUUUAUUUUUCCCCCUGUACUUUAUUUGUUAAAGAAAUCAAGUUAUUUGUCCUGUAAAGUUUUUCCCUCCCUGUGGUGUCUGAGUAAACUGGUAUGUAGAGGACAGCCUUAAAGGAUUCAGGUUAUACUUUUUGGCAAAAAAACCUGAUAGGGUGUCUGUCCUUCAUAUGCUAUCACAUUUGGGGUAGAUAAGGUCGUGUCUGUUUUGUGGUGUUAAGACUGAAUAAUGGAUUUUUCUGUACAAAUAGCACCACAGAGUUGCCUGGGCUGGGUAGCCCAGUUGGAUGGAGCAUAGUCCCGUAUACCAAAAGGUUGUGGGUUCGAUCCUCUCUAAAAUCAAGAAACAUAUCCUCAGGUGACCAUUAAAAAAUAAUAAUAAAUUGCACCACAGGGUAACCAAUUGACCAGGGAAUUACAGAAGGAUGCCAGCUAAUAACUGCCAAAGGAAUGAGAGAAUACCACCUUUCGGCAACCCCUAAUGAAAUAAUGGAUCCUGGCAAUGAUCAUUAGUGGCUGUUAACAUCAGAAGAAGAGAGACAGCCAGACAGCGUGUGCUUCCUGAUGGAAGUGCCCAGUACACGUAUCAGAACAAGAGUUACAGACCUGACUUAGCUGCACAACAGCGAGUUCAUGGGUAGAAGAUGUCUAUGGAUGUGACGUUUCUGGGGACAGGCGCAGCAUACCCAUCCCCAACCCGGGGUGCCUCUGCUCUGGUUCUUCGGUGUGAGGGCGAGUGCUGGCUCUUUGACUGUGGGGAGGGAACCCAGACACAGCUUAUGAAAAGCCAACUUAAAGCAGGGAGAAUUACCAAGAUCUUCAUCACACAUCUUCAUGGAGACCAUUUCUUUGGCCUUCCUGGCCUCCUCUGCACAAUCAGCCUGCAGAGUGGCUCCACAGUCACCAAACAGCCCAUUGAAAUCUAUGGCCCUGCAGGGCUUCGAGACUUUAUCUGGCAAACCAUGGACCUCUCGCACACGGAGUUGGUCUUUCCUUACGUGGUCCAUGAGCUGGUGCCUACAGCUGAUCAGUGCCCUACAGAAGAACUGAAAGAAUUUGCGCACACAAGUAGAGCAGACAGCUCUCCCAAAGAGGGGCAAGGAAGAACUAUCCUGUUAGACUCAGAAGAAAACUCAUACCUUCUGGUCGAUGAUGAACAGUUUGUUGUAAAAGCAUUUCGCCUCUUUCACCGGAUUCCUUCCUUUGGGUUUUCAGUCGUGGAGAAGAAGCGGCCAGGGAAACUCAAUGCACAGAAACUGAAAGACCUCGGUGUUCCGCCAGGUCCUGCCUAUGGGAAGCUGAAAAAUGGAAUUUCUGUUGUUCUGGAAAACGGAGUUACAAUUUCUCCCCAAGAUGUCUUAAAAAAGCCUAUUGUUGGAAGAAAAAUCUGCAUUUUGGGUGACUGUUCUGGGGUUGUGGGUGAUGGAGGGGUAAAGCUGUGCUUUGAAGCUGACCUGUUGAUCCAUGAAGCGACCCUGGAUGAUGCCCAGAUGGACAAAGCAAAGGAGCAUGGCCACAGCACGCCACAGAUGGCAGCAGCAUUUGCAAAGCUGUGCCAAGCAAAGAGGCUUGUCCUGACUCACUUCAGUCAGAGGUACAAACCAGUUGCCUUGGCCAGAGAAGGAGAAACAGAUGGGAUUGUGGAACUGAAAAAACAAGCUGAAUCAGUGUUAGAUUUCCAAGAAGUGACUCUAGCAGAAGAUUUUAUGGUGAUUGGCAUUCCAAUCAAGAAAUGAAACCAGUGUUCCUGAAUGCAUAUCGACAUGUCCAUGAAUAUGUUACUGAACCUACAGUCAGUUUGUUGUUGUUGUUUGGGUCUAAAAUUAUUUCGGUCCUAAUAAUACUAAAAAGGGUGGAGCUUCAUUGCUGAACUGACUCAGCAAUGAGAGGGAGCAAGCUUUUUGAUAAUAAAUCAUUUUAAAAAGAAAAAAA